AUGAUACGUCAGCUGACGUAUGGCAACGUGGCCGAUUCACUUGAUGAGUAUCUACAAAUGAGUGAACAAACUUCCAAAUUAGACGCGUUUGAUGCUUUUCGGAUGCUUGGGAGCAUCCCUACUGUAUGCAUUGGCUGUGGAAAAAGGUGUCCAAAAGCAUGGCAAGGCCAGUUUACUCGAUGUGAUAAAGGGCAUCCAACCAUCAUGCUUGAAGUUGUUGCGUUGUUCGAUGACAUAUAUGGCCUUAAUCAAUCACAUUUGUUUAGAGAAAUCAUUGAGGAUACGGCUCCGGAUACUUCAUUUACGGUUAACGGAACCGAUUACCAGAAUGGGUACUAUCUAGCCGACGGUAUUUAUCCUGAGUGGGGGACAUUCGUCAAGGCUUUUUCAUGCCCACAAGACGCGAAAAAGAAAAACUUCAAGAAGUAUCAAGAAAGUGCACGAAAAUAUGUGGAACGAGCAUUCGGAGUAAUCCAAGGUCGUUGGGUGAUCCUUACACACCCCUCAAGGUCGUUUAGUGUCAACAAGAUUCGUCGAACCAUGUAUGCUUGUGUCAUAUUGCAUAACAUGAUCGUCGAGGAUUCGGGUCAUGCAAUAACCUCCUAUGAUCUAGAAAUCCUAGCUGUGCCACCCCGUGUACCUAUUCGUACCUUCCGAGAGAGGAUGGCGGUCCACGCACGGACCAAUAGGGAGCUUCCAGACCGAGGGGUUCUCCAUGGUCUUCGUCACAAUCUUGUCGAGCAUAUUUGGCGCCUCCCGUGA